AUGAUGCAAAGCUCUCUUCAGUUCACCAGCGCGCAUCAGGCGUUCUCUCACGACCAGCAGGGAUGGCUGCAGACUCAGCAGCAGCAGCAACAGCAACAGCAACAGCAACAACAACACCACCACUUGCAGCACCAGCAGACUCAACUUCAUUCGCAACCAUCCCAGCCAGGCCUCUAUAACCUAAAUACACGCGGCCUCCUCGGUGCCAAUCAGUCACAGCAGCAGCAACAGCAGCAGCAGCAGCAGCAUGUUCAGCAAGCACAACAACAGGCCGCUGUCAAUGUUGGAGCGGCAGCCACCUUGAUGAACCAGAUUCCAGCGCAGAUUCGAGCCUCCGAGGAAGAACAGAAGGUCUACGGCUGGAUUAUGGAGCUUGUUGCUGGAGGGUCACGCGAGCAGGCCCUCCUGGAACUCUCCAAGAAACGAGAACAAGUUGAUGAUCUUGCUCUUCUACUCUGGCACUCAUUUGGUGUUAUGGCGGUCCUGGUCCAAGAAAUCAUAUCAGUAUAUCCACUUCUCAACCCCUCCUCCUUGACUGCCGCCGCCUCAAAUCGAGUUUGCAACGCCCUUGCACUCCUUCAGUGCGUUGCUUCCCAUAACGACACCCGAAACCUUUUCUUGAACGCUCACAUCCCCUUGUUCCUUUACCCAUUCCUCAAUACCACCUCAAAAUCCAGGCCUUUCGAAUACCUCAGACUUACUUCCCUCGGUGUUAUCGGUGCACUUGUAAAGAAUGACAGCUCUGAAGUCAUCAACUUUCUCCUUUCGACGGAGAUCAUCCCUCUCUGCCUCCGAAUUAUGGAAACCGGCUCGGAAUUGUCUAAGACAGUUGCUAUAUUCAUCGUUCAGAAAAUUCUUCUUGACGAUACUGGCCUCCAAUACAUCUGCCAAACAUACGAACGCUUCUACGCUGUUGGUACCGUUCUGAGCAACAUGGUCAACCAACUUGUUGAACAGCAGACGGUCAGGUUGCUCAAGCACGUUGUCCGAUGCUUCUUGAGGCUUAGCGAUAAUCCACGUGCCCGUGAAGCAUUGAGACAAUGCCUUCCAGAGCCACUUCGAGAUGCCACGUUCUCUCAAGUUCUUCGCGAUGACCAAGCAACAAAGCGCUGUCUAGCCCAGCUCUUAAUCAAUCUCUCAGAUUGCGUGGUUGAGCAGUAA